CGCUGUGGCGCCCCCUGGCGCCUCCUUGGCUCCGUGUUUCCCGCCUCGCUUCGCGCUCCUCGGCCUUCGCGGCCCGGCGAUGGAGGCGGCAGCACCGGAGAGCGCCGAGCCAGGGAGCGGCGGGAGCGGCGCGGAGGAACCCGUGGUGUCCCUGGCGGAGGUGCUGGCGGAGAACGAGGAGCUGGAGAAGGAAGCGCGGGCCGUGCUGGGGGGCAGCGACCACGAGCGCUGCAGUUACUCACAGGGCGCGGUGAAGCGGCAGGCGCUGUACGCCUGCAGCACCUGCACGCCGCCCGGCGCCGAGCCGGCGGGGAUCUGCCUGGCCUGCAGCUACGAGUGCCACGGCACACACCGCCUCUUCGAGCUCUACACCAAGAGGAAUUUCCGCUGUGACUGUGGGAAUAGCAAGUUCAAAAAUCUGCAGUGCAAGUUACUCCCGGAAAAGGGCAAGGUGAAUUCAGGAAAUAAAUAUAAUGACAAUUUCUACGGAUUGUACUGUACUUGUAAAAGACCUUAUCCUGAUCCUGAAGAUGAGAUUCCAGAUGAGAUGAUCCAAUGCAUAGUUUGUGAAGACUGGUUCCAUGGAAGGCAUCUCGGUGCAGUUCCCCCUGAAAGUGGAGACUUCCAUGAAAUGGUGUGCCAGGCCUGCAUGAAUCAUUGCCAUUUCCUAUGGGCUUAUGCAUCACAAUUAGCAGUUCCUCCUUUGACCAAAGCAAACUCCCUUGAAGAUGAAGGCAUUGUCCUGAAGGUAGAGGAAAGUGAAGAGCAGAAGAAAGAAAUAAAAAAAGAAAGUGGAGUGGAACACCAAGACACAAAGGAGGAAAAGCAAUUGGAGCAAUUCAAUGAACCAUCUACUAGCUCUGGGUCUGCCUGUCCUGAGGUAGUUACUAAGAGCGAGAAGCCAGUCUGCAAGCUGAAGGAGCUUCAAAGCAAGCCAUUUGUAAAAAAAGAUACUGCCACCUUUUGGCCAUCGAACUGGAGGAGCAAAUUAUGCACCUGUGAAGACUGUUUGAAAAUGUAUUCAGAGCUUGAAGUCCAGUUCCUGACAGAUGAAUGUGACACUGUCUUGGCUUAUGAAAAUAAGGGUACCAKUGACCAAGAGACAGAGAGGAGAGAUCCUUUAAUGGACACCCUUAACAGCAUGAACAGGGUCCAGCAAGUGGAACUCAUCUGUGAAUACAAUGAUUUGAAGACAGAACUGACUGACUAUCUCAGGAGGUUUGCAGAUGAGGGAACGGUGGUUAAAAGAGAAGACAUUCAGCACUUCUUUGAAGAAUUUCAGUCACGGAAAAGACGACGGACUAACAGGAUGCAGUACUACUGUAGUUAGACUGAGAGGGUUUGGGUCUGAAAGGACAACUGGGAAAACAAUGUUCACUGGCAAACAGAAAAGGCAUCUUCAGUUUCUGGCUUCUCAUCAAAAUCCAGCUGUCCAAGAAACAUCAUCAUUUUGUCUUAUACUUCCUUUAUUUGUAGCACCUAAAACAUUUUCUUAACAAAUCCUUGCAUUGCAGUUAGAGGGAUUUCAGUAGCGAUCGACUUUGCAUUCCCGUGGAAGCCGGCCUUGUCUCCAGGGAGAGGAGGGCUGGUCCCAGAGCAGGGAAUCCUGCAGCUUCCCUGCGGCCUCUGGCUGGUGCCUGCUGG